AUGGCUCUCCGACUCUCCGCCAUCCUGUUCUACAUCACCAUCCUCAUCACCCAGUUUCAACUCGGUCUAUCAGCACAAACCAGCCCUCAGCAACGUCUUACCAAACGAGGCCAUCCGCACUCGCUCCAGAAACGUGCCGAAGGCUCUUUUGCCGGAAAGGCAACCUUCUUCGACCCUGGUCUAGGUGCCUGUGGAGGUCACAACGGACCCGAUGACUUUAUCGUUGCCCUCAACGUAGCCCAGUACACUGCCAACAAAUGGUGCAACAAGAAGAUCAAAAUCUUCUUCGGCGGCAAGAGCACUGUCGCCACUAUUACCGAUGAAUGCCCCGGUUGUCCACCCCACUAA